AUGACAAAGAAUCACUCGACUUCACAUCUUGAAAUGAACGGGCCGCGGCAGGAGAAUCAGAAGUCGGCACACUCAUCAGGAACCAACUCGAUUUCGCAGUCUCCACAAGCCUCCCGAGAGCCAUCGCCAACCCGCAAACCCCGAAGGGCUACUUCAGCGAGCAGACUUGGUCCCUCGCGAUCGCGUACAAACAGCCAGACGGAGUUCAGUCCAACUCGCCAGAUGCGCUCAAGUGUGUCGGGAUACACCCCUUCGAGAAGCUUGUCUUCUACAGUUACUCCAACCCUUCAAGCUCCCCAACAGGAUACACAGAUCCAGGCCCCGACUCCCCAGAAGCCCGGCCUGCAGGAACUCAAGGACGGCCUUCGAUGGCCGGUAUCGCCUCGCUUACGUUCUCCUCCCCCACAAGUCAAUAAAGCUGGAACGCCAACGCAACGACGUAGCGAACAGGAGCCGCCUAUUGUCAAUGUUCAACGUCCCACACCAUCGCCUGGACCAAUAGAAUCCAGCAAUGCCCCCUCCGAGAGUGACACCGAGGACUCUCAACUACCAUCAGGUGCUCGUACGCCACAGCGUGCGGCACUCGAGACAGUCCAAGAAGUCAGCCUACCGAACUCUCCGAGCCCAAGCAACAAUGCGCUCUUAGCGCAGGUUAAAGAGAAGCUGGAAAGUCAUUCCGACAGCAUGCUCCAUGACCACAGGCUCAAAACGCGCCCCAGCCUUAGCUUUCAAGAUAGCGGGAGUGACGGAGGCAAUAUGAAGUCUGAAGGCCGACGCCCGACCUCUGUUCCGCCACCGUUGGUAUCCAGGCAAUCUAGCGCAAUGUCUUCAAAGCAGACAAAGCCCAAGCAAGAAGGCUCUACCCAGGCCAUGACUGUCGAGACUGAAACCGUCUCCAGCAUUCCGCAAGUGGCGCUCGCGGCGAAGCCUGAAGGCCACAAUGGUACAUUGAAAACUAAACCAAGCACUGAGACGAUAAAGCCAAGGAAAGAAAAGAGAAGAACUUCUCGGAAACAGCCAGCAGUGAAUGCUGGGAAUGCUUCUUCCAAGGCCGAUAUUUUCGAAGCCAAAAUCGCCUCAGCUGUGGAUGAGGCCAAUACAUCUGACUCAGAAGAAACUUUCGUAUACGACUCCAAUCCCCCGGAUGGCGCAGCGGACAGAUCUGCGCGCCGCUUUCAUUCACGGACUCCCAGCACAACGUCAAUGGCAAGCCAGGCAGAUAGGCAAAAUCUGCGCUCCAUUUACGGUGUUAUGGACGGGGGAGCCACUCAUGCACCCAAGAAGGGCAUGAAGUUCGUCAGCACUCACAGCAAUAACGGCGGGGAGAACUUGAGUGUGGAGGACGAUGGGAAAGGCACCGGCCGAAGCGUGGGUGGUUCGACCAGGGGCACAGCUCGACAUCAUCAUCAUAUUGGCCGAUGGGGACGCCAGCCUGGUAACGGUCACGCAUCACUAUUUGAUAACGAGGGCCCGUUCCCCAACGCAACAAAAACGAAGUUCGGGGGGGCUAAUUCCAGGAACUCGUCGAAUCCACCGAGCCCGAGGAAUCACCAUGGGCUCAGCCAUAAGCGAUCCAACAUCCACUUGUCGAGCUACGACUUGGAUGAUACAACAGGUGCCGACGAUGAACGAACACCUUUGAUGGGAUCUACACGAUCCAUGAGGUCUCCACGCAACAGAAGAGGGCCACACAGCUUGCGCCAGGCUGAAUCGCAGACCUUCUCUCGUCGACCUUCUUACUUGAAUCGAUUCGCAGCGUGCCUUGUCCUAACCAUGAUGUUUCUUCUUGUCAUCACUGGCGCAAUCGGCUUCAUGUUUGCCACUUCGCAGCCAAUGACUGAUAUUGAAAUUGUCUCGAUCAACAACGUCGUUACCAGCAAGCAGGUGCUCAUGUUUGAUGUUACAGUCAAAGCGCAUAAUCCUAAUAUUGUCGUUGUGACCAUUGAUCAAGCGAACCUGGAGAUAUUCGCCAAAUCAGAGCAUGGAGGAGAAGACGACGACGACGGUGAUUGGUGGCGGAUGCCUCGUCGUGGCCACGGUGGCGUACACACUUCAGACGAUCCAAUCAACGAUCCUCCUACUGAUGAUGACGAUUCGCGACCGAAUGUUCUUCUUGGACGCAUCACCGAGUUCGAUAGUCCGUUGACUUUCGAAGGAUCCUUGUUCCAUAAGGGAACGUCGUCAUCCACUGGAGAAAUGCAACUGACCAACCCUGGAAAUGGCACCAACGGGGGGUCAGAGCGCUGGGAACGGAUCUAUCAGGACGAAUUCGAUCUCAUUGUAAAGGGCGUCGUCAAGUACACCCUUCCAUUGAGUGCUCGUGUUCGCAGCGCUACGGUUUCAGGAAGACAACUUGUCAAGCCAAACUCGGCCAAUGAUCCGUCCCUGAAACCAAACUCAACGCUAGAUUCUUAA